GGACUGUCUUGGUGUCAACCCUUUGGUGGCAGCUGCAUUGGGCGCCAACAUCGCUUUGAGAAGAAGCCUAAAGGAGAUGAGUAUCUCGAUGGGACGACGCCUUGGAUUGAUGUCACUUUAAACACAGAAGUCCAUAGCGUGGCGUUUGCAGACUGGGACUCUGAUGGCGACUUGGAUUUUUUGUUGUUGACUCAAUCAGAGAUCAUAUUCUACGAAAGACUCACUGAGGAGAGCUUCGUUCCACAUGACUUGAUGAUGGUGGAAAAUCAGAACCUCAAGGGUCUUGCAGUGCUGGACUGGAAUGGAGAUGGGAAAUUGGAUUUGUUGUUUUGCUCUUGGGAGAAUGAGUCCGCAAUUGUCAGCUGGCUCCCAGGUCCAGCCUUGGAAGGCACCAAGACCAGGAUUUUGACUGCGAAUGCGUCGGAGGCAUUUUGUGUCGUACAGCCAGUGGACUCUGAUGAGGAUGGUGAUAUAGAUCUGAUUCUUGGUCAAAGGUUCUUCGAUCGUAUCUCUGAAGAUAAAUUCAUAGAGAGACUUGGGAAUCCAAAUCCACUUGAGGUCUUCAAGGGCAAAGUUCACAGGGUGGCAGACAUAGAUUCUGAUGGGCAUUUGGACGUGCUGGUUGAGGAUUGGGAAAGCUGGCACUAUGAUUGUGAUGAAAACUGUCACUAUGAUUGUGAUGUGGACCUGCAUUUCUGUAGCCGUGCAGCCGAUGGCAGUUUUGUUGAGCAAAAAGAAAAUCCGGUUGAUGAGAUCAAAGUCAGACACUGGCAAGCUCUAACCGGUAAUGAGUAUCUUAAUGCCCAUGUUGCCGACUGGAAUUCAGACGGUUUGCCCGAUGUUGUGCUUAUGUUCAGAUUUUCGCCUUACGAGGAUUUUCUGCCAGGUAUGGCAUACCGUGUGUACUGCCACACAUACUACCAACAUAUUCUGCCGAAGGACUUGAAGCGCAACUCUCACAUGGAUACCUUUGGCGACAUAGACAUACAACAGUUGCAGCCUUUCUUGUUAGAUUGGAAUGGGGACGGAAACUUAGAUAUGGCCGUGAAGCAACCAGUCUUCAAUUGGGGCGACAAAUAUGUGCGUCUUUUUGAGUCCGAUGCUCAUGGCAGAAGUGUGACGGAAGUGGUCUCAGCAUUUGAGAAUGCCUCUCCCUGGCGCUUUGGCUAUGGAAAGGUUUUGCAAAAAACAGAGGGUCAAAGCAGCAAACACAAGAAUUCGGCGCUUUGCACAGCGCUGUUGGAGCAAAAGACUGAAGCAGAAGCAGAAGCAGAUGUCUCAGCCCACCAACAAUGGCAAAAUGACUAUGUCUAUCACCGUGACUGGUAUCAGCAGACAGCCACACAAUCGAAAGUCUAUCCAAGUAUCACAGAACUGAGAAUUUCCGAGUGGACCAUGAAACCUGUUCUGAUCCAUUUGCAGACGCUCAAACAAAAUCUCACGACUGGUGACACGAUCGUGGGAAACAUUAUGCAUAUCAACACCAAGGCACAGCUGGAAGAGUUGCAGAGCUUGAUAGAUGCUCAUGCAUUAAAUGGCAGUAUGACUCUGAUCCUCACUGAUGAGGCCAAAGAUACACCUGGUGCUUAUCACACGCGUGUAACGGCCAAAAAGAAGAACCAAGUUAGCCGCCAACUUGAUGUUUCGCUGAUGGACGCAAUCACAGGUUCCCGGGGACCAUGGACGUUGCCUCCAGUUGAAAUCAUACAAACACAAGUCACAGCCAUAAAGAGGGUUGCAGUGCGGCUGACAGCUGCUUCGCACUUCCGUGCCUACCUUCACAGCAGUGGCUACAAGGACACUCCAAACUCCGUGCUAGCAAGCGUUGCUAGCUUGCACCCUGACAUCAAGGUCAGUCAGAUAUCUGGUGGAAAGUGGUGGUCUGAGACCAUUCAGAGCAAAGUAUUCUUGAACACAGUAAUCCAGCUUCCCGUUGCUACUGCUGACCAGCUAGUGGCCCGAAGCGGAGAAGAAGGUGUCUUCGCAUGCAAGCUUGGCGUGCAACAUAAUGACCAAAAAAUCUUUUGGUUCCCCAGAGAAGGAAAGGAAAGUGAUGAAGCAUACCACCGUCGCCUUUUCACCAUUGCGCAGUCGCGCAAAGAGGGGUUAAAGCUCAGGAAAGGUGGAUCCAAUGACUUGGGCCUCUUUGCAUCGCCGCAAGACACAGCGGCCUUUGCCAGCAACUUCAGCCACUGGUGCGCCACUGGCUUUCCGCAUGACUGGCAGCAGGAAGAGGUUCUUCAGUUUCUUCAGGCCCUCGCAAACAAUGGCGAGAUGACCAGUCCGUGCCAGGGCCUCCAAGAACAUUACGCGCACAAACACGCGCUGAUGAUGCCCCAGUUGCCAACCAAUCGCAGUGACGCUCCAAAGCGGGCAUUACCAGUCUUGAAGCACAAAGACCUCACGUGUCAUGGGCCGCGUCGCAAAAAACACUUAAAUCAGGUUCACGGAAUCCAAUAUUCUGACAUGCCGCCUGACCCUCCGGGUGCUCCUGGUGAGGGAGUCCAAACCAAGCGGGAAGAAAGGUCCAAGCGGUGCCAAGCUUGGUUGCUGUUGGCAAAGAAGCGCGGGUGGGCAGGCAUGCAUGAGCUCACACCUGUCAACAUAGGCUGGCGCCGAUGGAAGUGUCAAGCCUGCGAUGAAUCCUUCACCCAUUGGAAUCGGGGCGUGCAAACAUUGUGUUCUGCCAGCAAUGCCGCUGGUGGCUCCAAGUUGCCCAGCAUUGCCAAACGAUUGCAACUCGCCAAUCAGUGGUGGGCUCAAACUCUGGAAUCGAUUGCAAAGGAGAGAGCGGAGUUGCUGCGAGACUUAGCAAAGUCGCUGAUGGUGUUCGUGCAACACGUCGAGGGCACCGUACUUCCAACCGAGGGGGCGUCGCUAUCUGCUGCCGUGAGUCGACCUGAACGGCCACUGGGCUCAGCGCCCAGGGUUCAAACCAGCACUCAUGCUAUGGGCCCUUUGCAGCCCCUUGCUGAGCGGAAGCUCCGUCGCUGGAUUCGGCGUUUGCAAGAAGCUCGGAAGUUCAGUCACCUCGGGUACCAACUCAACCCGGGUUUGCAGAAAAAACUUGAAUCCACCAGGGAUGUGCCUGCUCCUGAAAAGCAGGCGGUCCGUCAAGCAGCUUUCGGUCUGGCAGAACGUUUAGCUCACGGCAGGUUCGCCCAGAUCCUUCAGACAUGUGAAAACAUUGGCCGUUGGCCCACGCAGGUGCGCCCCACUGCCUACCGCAUUUGGGCAGCCAUCAGACUUCAGCACUGCAAAUCUUUUGUGGAGGGUCUUCUGUGUCAAGAUCAGGCUGGGUGCAAUGGGUUAGCAGCGCAGGAUUUGUUACUCACCAUGGAAAACAAGUACCAAGCUCAGGAUUGGCCAUAUGCCAUGGCAUUAGACCCGCAGAAAGCUUUCGAUACCACCGACUGGACCGUGACUGAGGAGGAACAGAAACGUUCUGAUAAAGUGGCACAGGUCGCUCGUCGAAUAGCGCUCCUGCCCACAGCUAAGGCUUUCAGGAACUCGGUUGCAGUCAGCGUCUUGGCGCCCACUGCCUCCUGGGGAGCUCUUUUCAAUGGUCGGUGUCCGACAAAACAGGAAUGCCAGGCCUAUGCUCAGACCUGGCGAUGUGCAGUUCAAGGUUUUGAUCAUCCAGGGGGCCACGACUCUCGUGACCUCACAGCUGUAAUGGCUAUGGGCCACUGUUCUGACCUUUUGUUUCUAAGUACCCAACGGUUUAUGACGGCUCUUCAUAAGUGGGCGCUUCGUCCAAAUCAGAUCGCCAUCAAUUCAGCUCCUAUCAAAGCGUUGCAGGCUGCUGUCCAACGCCUGCAAGGUUCUUGGACUCCCGAGGAACUCAUUGACAAACUUAGGUCCUUUGCACGUUCUGCAAGUGGUGAUCAGGUGGCUGUGCUCUGUGGGGGCAUUACCACUGAUGCUCAUAUUGAGGGCCUCCGAGAAUUUUGUCCGGACUGCCCGGAUGAAAAGAUUGCGCCUUGGCAGGGCCCCCUGUGUGGGGGGCACCGUCCUGUAAGGACCCCUGAGCGCAGCUGUGCUGCGCUCCUUUUCUGGCCGCUACACCGCCUCCGGGUGCCAGUGUGCGGCUUCAGCUUCAACAACCUCAUCAGCUUUGGUUAUGAGCUGCAGGAUUGUUCUGGCUGCAGCCAGAAUUUCUACAGUGUGCCAGUCUCAGGACAGAUGCACAACUGCAAGGCCUGCCCGGGCGAUGGCGAGGUCUGUCACGGUCGAGGCCAUUGUUUCGAUGACGAAGCCGCGAAAGCUUUGCCUGAACUCUUUGGUCCUGCUGUGGCGCGGGGCAAUGGCUCAUGUACCUGCAAUGAACGUCAUUUCUAUGGAACGGACGAAGAUGGGAGGAGUGUCUGCUCAGAAGGAACGUGUCCAGCGGGUACAGAAGAGAAGGAUGGCAAGUGUCAGGUUUGUGAAGCGGGCUCAUCGUCGCGAGAAGGGGGUACAUAUGAAGUUGACCAACAGCUGUACAACAAUUGCCUUCCUGGCUUUGCUUCAUCCGGUGGAACAAACUCAUGCACCAAGUGUCCAGCUGGCUUCCAUGCGCCAACUCCUGGUAGCAGCGCUUGCGAAGCUUGUCCAGCUGGCAAGUUUGCUGAAGGUAGCGGCACAGGCAGUACCUAUUGCCAGGUGUGUCCUUUGGGGACGAUCUCAGGUGAAAUGAGACCAGCUUGUAGCAAGUGCAGUUCAGGUCAGUUUGCCCAGAAAUCCAUAUCGUGCGAAGCAUGUCCUGCUGGGACCUUCGCCUUUGAAGGUAGCCAUACUUGUCAAAGAUGUGAGUCUGGUCAUGUGUCUGGCCCGGGCAGUGCCUCCUGUUCGACUUGCGAGCAUUUGCUGAUCCACGCAAAACCUGAUGAUAUGAAGCAGACCUGCCAAAUUGCAAUUGCUGAUGUUUUUCUUGCGCUGAUCUCCUCAAUCACAUCAUCUGGCCUCUGCUUUCUAUGUCUUCUCGGCUUCUGGGGGACCUUCCAGAUUGCUGAUGUUUCAGCACAGGGAUCGAAGCUGGUGAUAACAACAUCCAUGUGGCAUCUUCUCUUGAAAUGGAAGUGGGCAUGCCCAACUGUGACUUUCGUGGCUACAGGGGUGCCUGAAUUAGAGAAGCCAGAGCGCACGUGGACCGUGAAAGCCUUGAAUAUUGGCCAGCUGAUGUUGGAGAGCAGCCAAAAAAUUGCCACGCCAGUGGACACUUCCAUGGGUUUGGUGCGAAUGAAAUUCCUUCAUCCUUUCCUUUCAACUGGUAUGUGGCACUGCCCACUCAUUUGCUGGUGCUUGCUAUUCUUCAUCGCCACCAUGGCCUGCAUGAGCCAGCUGAGGUUGGGCUCUCAGACGCCCUUGGCCAAAAGGCGGCGCCGGUUCCUGAAAGAAUGGCCAUUGAUGCAGAUGCCUUGCAGCCGUGGGCCUGAUCGGGCGAUAAAAGCGGGACAGCUUCAUGACCUCUUCGAGUGUCUUGGUGGGAUGAGACGGUGUGUCAUGUCAUGUCGAAAAGAUUUAUGA